AGUCUGCUAGAUCGAAAUUCCAGAAGACUCACAAGUCACAAACUGAAAGGCUGAAUUCGUGUGUGUAGUGUAAUAGAAGAAACGUGCUCUAUGGAGAUUAACUAACCAUGUCAGGAUUCUCCGAAGCCGCGUUAGAAAAAAAAUUGGCCGAACUGAAUAAUUCUCAGCAAAGUAUUCAAACAUUGUCCUUAUGGCUAAUCCACCAUCGUAAACAUCAUGUCAGUAUCGUCAAAAUCUGGUUAAAAGAAUUCACUAAAGCCAAAGAUAGCAGAAAACUCACAUUCAUUUACCUGGUUAAUGAUGUAAUCCAGAACAGCAGAAAGAAAGGGCCGGAAUUCAGAGAUCAGUUUGGGCCCAUUCUUGGUCCAGCCUUGAAACUUAUGGCUCAAGCUGUCAAUGAUGAAAACACUCAAAAGAGACUUGAGCGCAUUCUAAAUAUUUGGGGUGACAGAAACAUGUUUGACUCCAAGCAAAUAUCUGAAUUCAGAAAGUCAUUAGAGUCAAGCUUCAAAAGAAGGCAUGACAAUGGGGAACCUCCAGUGAAAAUCUCAAGAAGGGAUAGAGGGGAGACUUUAGAAAAUAUCAAAGAAAACAAAGAACAAGAAGAUCCUGAUAAAAACAAAAAAGAAAGGAGAAAAUCUGAAUGUAAUGAAGUUAUACAGUUUGAUAAAGAAGGAAAGAAAGAAGUGCACAUAACAUUGUCUCCCAAAUUACCUGCAACUGACGCCCCUGAGGCUGAAGAACUAGUAAAGUCUUUGCAGUCCCUUGAAAAUGCAGCAUCAAGUGAUGGUGUUGUCAGAGCAAAAAUAGCUGAAUUACCCCCUGAAGUCUCUGACGUCAGUUUGUUAUCGAAAAUUUCAGAUCAAACUCAAGCAGAAACAUUAACUAGCAAGGUGAAUGAAGCAGUAGAGUUACUUAACGAUUACAAUGGGCGAUUGUUGAAAGAGAUGGAGGAUCGAAAAUCGGUAACCAAAAUGCUCCAUGAAUUUACAGCAGCACAAAAAGAACUUUUGGUUCAAGCUGAAGAAAGACUCCAGGAAUACAAAGAAAAGUUAUGCAAGGUAUAUCAAGUUCGUGAAGAAUUACGCUCCCAUGUUUCCAGUUUGCCAGAUCUUUCACAGCUACCCGACGUCUCGGCUGUUCCACUACCGUCGGCGGGUGACCUUUUCAGUUUACGUUGAUUUUGUUGUUUGUAUCUCUCUCUCUCUCGCUUUGUCUCUUUAUCCCACUCCCAACCUUUCCCUUCCUAUUUCCCUCCUUCUCCUUUUGGGCAAUAUGCUCGAGUUCAUAUUUAAUGCUAGGUAUCUGGCAAAGACUGUUGUUUCAGCGUUUCACCCGACCGUAAUUACGUGUUGACAUACAAUUGGUUGGCGAAGCAGUUGUCUUUUUGCACGUAAGGAUUGUCAUCCUCAACAUUGAUUCCCGUUCUUUCUCAACCACGAUUGCUGCCCGCCAUUAUGUUUGGAGAUUCUUGAAUUUUUUACUUGAUUUCCAUUUGAGAUAAAUUACUUUGCCAACGCAUAGUUCAAUCGGCUGAAGGAUGUGUUGUAUGUUGUACGAACGUCAGGCAUGAAUAAAAACCAAAUUAGCGUCA